AAUGACGCGAUGACCGCUCUCUAUGUACACACUAGAGUUGGGAGAGUACGCUAAGAGAGUAAAGUAAAAAAUUGAAUUUUAAUUGUUACGAUAGAAAUUAUUUUGGAUUUUUUAACAGAAUGGCUGAUGAUAACAACGUAUUGUUUAUAAGAGGAAAUGGAAGUAAAAAUGAAAACGAAGAUGUCUGGGAUGACACUGCGCUGAUACAAGCAUACGACAAAGCUGUAAACUUGGCCAAGGAGGAAGUAGCAAAACGUAUUGCUAUGGAUACUCAGAACCAGCAGGCAAAACAAAAGUCACAAAACUCAAAAUAUUCAAAUCACGCAAGAAAAAAUUUUAAGAAAUGGGCUAUUGGUGCUCCAUGUCGCGCUGUAUAUUCCGUAGAUGGAGAGAUAUAUGAAGCAAUUAUAUCAAAAAUUCAUUCAAACUCUGGAAUGUGUACAGUGAAAUUUGUUGGGUAUCAGAACACAGAAAAAGUGGAGAUGAGUUCUCUUUUAGAAUCUAAAGGAUUGCAAAGUCAAAUUGCUCAGCAAAAGGAUGCGUUAGCACAAAAAGUUAAUGAAGAAGCCAUAAAUUCUGACACAUCCACCUAUUCUAAUCCUCAUUUGCAGAAUUUCAAACAAAUUAAUGGUGAAAAAAUGGAUUGUGACACAGAGGAACCUAGAUUUAAAAAUAAUUUUAUGUCUGGGCUUGGAUCCAACUUCAAUCCAACGCAUUUAGAUGCAAUGCCACCCGCACCACCUUUACCACCAUUAAUGGCUAAAUUGCCAGAAACUGAUUCAGAUGCAUUAUCUAGUAUGUUGAUGUCAUGGUAUCUCAGUGGGUUUCACACAGGUUAUUAUCAAGGGUUAAAACAAGGUAAAAGACAGCUUAGCCAACAGCAGAGAAGAAGUUGUCUAUAAUCUGUAAUAAAAAUGAUUAUUUUUCUUCAGGACACAGUAUAAUUUUUACGAUUUACGCAUUGUGUUAAUAAAUAAAUUUGCAUUAAUAAAAUGUUUCAAACUAUAAA